CGUGAUUUUACCCACAGACACAUGGAGAUACGCGACAUGACCACGUCACGUCAUCAUUUCGAACAUAAACAAACUUGACAGUAGGACGCGACGGGCCGCAGCCAUCUUAAAAGUAUUCAAACAACUACUUGUGGAGAAACAACGACCUCUAUCGACAAGUGUUUUCAUCCCGAUACCAACUGACUGACAUCUGACCAAUCUGACGAGCACCAGGGCUGUUUCAGCAUGGAGCGUAUGGAAAAGCGUUUCACUUGGACUUCUGUCUUCUUGCCGGACCCCAACCGGCCCGACAGCCCUAGGCUGGUACUUCGUAGGGUGCCUGUACCAGCCAAGUCCAGAAGUUCCUCCCCAGAGUCUACAACCAGGUCCCAUCCUAACACACCUCUGCGCUCUCCCUUCAACUCUUCCUACAACUGUCCUGCGACCUCCUCUCCCAACUCCUUCUCCACUUCCUCUUCCUCUGCCUCUUUGUCUGCCUCGAACUCUUCCUCUGCCUCUUCCUCUUCCUCUUCCCCUGCCUCUACCUCUUCCUCUUCUUCCUCCUCCCCCUCUUCCCCUGGCAUGUGGACUUGUUUGGCGCAGGAUGAUCAAAUCAGUUUAAUCCUAAGGAAGGUGCUGACUUCAAGCUGCCCUCUGAGUGUGGGGGCAACCAUUCCACCAUGUACAACUAGCACCUGUACAAGACCUCAGACACUGACCAAGCCCCCGCUGCCCCCAGCCCGCCCUGUGCCACAGUGGGUGAGGAACCUCCGGGCCAUUAUGAUGGAGAGAAACAGGCAGUGUGGCAUUAUUAAAGGAUUUAAGAGACCCGCUGAUAAGCCAGAAGGAGCCCCCCUGGAAAAGCGCUCCUCUAACAAUUGAUUUGAAUGUUAAGGACCAUGUACUGACAUGAAGGAUCAUGUCCAUGGGUCCAUAGUGAUUAUUGUGUGAUGUGCUGUGCUCUGCUGUGACAUGAUGUGACGUGUUGUGCUGUGAAGUGAUGUGCUGUGUUGUGAUGUGAUGUGAUGUGAUGUGAUGUGAUGUGAUGUAUUGUGUUGUAUUGUGA